GGAUUUCCCAAAUUUCAAUUUGCAUUGCAGAUCAGCAAAAACUGUGUGAAAGUCAUUGAAAAUGAACAAUUUUAUCGAACCUUCAGCUGCAUCGCCCAGCAUAGGCGAUGCGGGGCGCAUUACUAUGCAGAACAUCAGUUCAUCAUCAGAUCAGUUCUUGGUGCCGAAUUUCGAAAAGCGCAGCAGCAUUGCCGCCACACACCUGCCAUUGCCGCUGCAGCAUUUCUUUCCUGUGUCGCCUGUGGUGCCGCCGUCUGUGGUGACGGCAGUGGGGCCCGAUGUCGACUCCCCGCAGCCAUCGCGUUCGCGGAUGGCGCAAAUGGAAAUCUAUUGGAAUGGUAUAGCGUCCGUGAAUAAUAAGAUGACUAUGGAUAUCACCAAAACAGAGCCCGGACUCGUCGGGCUCUCAUCGAAUCAACAGCAGCAGCACUCAAGACAGCAGCAGCAGGCCGCCAGCAUGAACAGCAACAGUGGCAACAACGUGGGGCAGAAUACCAACAACGGUUGCAACAGCAACGGCGGCGGGGUGAACAGCGGCAACAACAACAGCCUCAGCAAUGUCCAGAGCAUUGCCGCUGCGGCCAACAACAAUAACAACAACAACAAUGGAAGCCUGCUGUGCGCCGGCUGCGGCAAGCACAUCAAGGACCGUUACUUUCUGCGCGCCCUGGACAUGCUGUGGCACCAGGACUGCCUCAAGUGCGGCUGCUGCGACUGUCGCCUGGGCGAAGUGGGGUCCACCCUCUACAAGACGGGCAACCUAAUCCUGUGCAAGCUUGAUUAUUUUCGAUUAUUUGGCAACACGGGCUACUGUGCCGCCUGCAGCAAGGUGAUCUCCGCCUUUGAGAUGGUGAUGCGCGCCCACACCAAUGUCUACCAUUUUGAUUGCUUCGCCUGCCAGCAGUGCAACCAUCGAUUGUGCGUUGGCGAUCGGUUCUAUUUGUGCAAGAACAAGAUUCUCUGCGAGUACGACUACGAGGAGUGGCUGCUCUUCGCCACGAUUGCCGCUGGGGUCCCGGAUGCCGCCGGCGGACUGCCCGACGGAGGACCAGGCGAGGCCAACAUGGGUGUGGUCGUGGGCAUAGUCAACAGUCCGUGCACCCCCGGCGACCACAACAAUAACAAGGGACCCCAGACGCCCACCGGAGGCGGCUCUCCGUUUGCGGCCGCGGCCACUGCUGCUGCGAAGAACCAGCUAGGGGCGUCCAGACAAAAAAAAGCCCUGAGCAUGGGCGCGCCUAGGAGGAGGAGCGUCUGGAUCCAUUGGAGCAGCAGGAGGAGGAACAGCAGCUGGAGGAGGCGUUGGCAGCAUGGGAAGCAGCUGAAAACGCUAAAAAACAAUAUUCUACAACCGCAACUGAAUCGAGAAGGGUAGAUCGUGGCUCGUCGCUCUUGGAACGAGGGAGACAGGGGGAGAGAGACCGCGAGAUUUGAUGCCACAUGCUUACGGAUGAUGGAGUCGAUAUUCAAUCUUCGUUUGCUUUUGACUGAGCUCAAGUCUUAUAGUGUUAUAGAUUUAGUUUUUGGUUAAGUUGUCUCACAAAUCACUUGCUGAAUGUUGCACAUGUUGCAAGUGCAGAACUAAGUUUUCAUUUCCCUUUCGAAUGGGCAAAUAUUCGUUUCAUAGAUCGAUUUUUUUUUUUUUUAUUUGUCGAGUGUGUACCACCUCAUAUGGGUAUACUCGUAUUCGCAUUCAUAUUCAUAUUGAUAUUGAUAUAUGUAUGUAACAAAUAGUUUUUAGUUUUCACGCUCGAAGCGUUGCGGUGCCAAAAUAAAUUCAAACGCAUUCCUUGUUUCCCCCCUA